AUGGUAGGCUUGUCGGGUUUCGCUCUAGACGACAUGGGCGGGAGCAAGCAAACCGCUAUUGACUUAGGCCAGACGGCUCUGCAAAUACUUUACACAGAAAUAAACCCUGGUACCCUGUAUAUCGACCCGGGGCUCCCCGCCCCAUUCUCCGACGGAACUGCCGAAGUCACCAACACCGCGCAUAGCGCCGCUGACGUGGUCUUUUUAUCGCCCUCCGCAGCGCCACCAGUGUACUCUGCAGCGCCACCAGUGUACUCUGCAGCGCCACCAGUGUACUCUGCAGCGCCACCAGUGUACCCUGCAGCGCCACCAGUGUACUCUGCAGCGCCACCAGUGUACCCUGCAGCGCCACCAGUGUACCCUGCAGCGCCAUCAUUACCACCGCUGCCACCACCGCCGUCUCCACCACCACCUGUGCUACCAGCCGCCAACCCGCAUGUUAUGCAUGUCUCCCCCGCGCCUCCAUCUUCGCCGUUUCCGUCGCUGGAUCAUUCGCUGCCGCCUCUGCUGCCGGCUGUACAGCCCUCAUCAGCCGGGGCACCUCCGCCCUCUCUUGCGCCGGAGCCAACCCCGACAACGCCAUCAGAUGGACUCAAGCGGGGUGCCACCUCCACCUCCACCUCCACCGGCGGCGGCGGCACAUCCGCUACCAGCAGCUUUCCCCCCUGCACCGUACCGCCCACAGCCAUCCCCUCCAACGCCUGGACCCCCCCUCCUGCCACCACCGUCACGACAUGUUCGUCGAUUACCGCGGCACAUCACCGAAACGCCAUGGCGGCCACCGCAUCUUCCCGAACAGCCGGCGGAGGAGGCGCCUUCGGUGGCUCCUCCCCGCCGCCUGCUGUUGCAACGGGCUGA